ACUCUCUCCUCAAUCACAUUUCUCCAGGUAGCCUAACGUGAAAACUAUGGCCUUCGAGAUAGUCGUUCCCGAUUGGCUGGACAAGCAGCUAAUUGAGCAAGCUCUACGCGAAGAAGAGAAAAAUAACAAAAUCAACGUGAAGAUGAUAAAAGUUUGGGAAGUGAACUCAGCUAAUGAUAAAUACAGCAGCUCUUUAUACAGGUUGACCGUCGAAUACCAUACACACAAUGACUGUGAUUCUCCAGUCAGCACAAAGUCCAUCGUGGUAAAAGCUUUCCCAAACACAGAUCAUGGAGAACAAAUUGUGAUCGAAAACAACACAUUCACAACUGAAACGGAAGUACUGGCGAGGAUUAUUCCAGCAUUUCAACGCCUGCUUUGUGAUUGCUCAUCUGAGAGAGCCGUUACCUUUGCACCAAAGUGUUUCUACAGCACUGGUGAGCCUCACAGCCUCGUGCUACAGGAUCUCCGCCAAGUCGGUUUUAAAAUUGCGCAGGGAACUUCUGGUCUAGAUCUGGAUCACAGCAUGCUGGCAGUUUCCAGGAUCGGAAUGUUCCAUGCAGCUUCCGUUGCACUGCAUCGCCAGGAUCCAAAGUCGUUUGACAACUUCUUAUUUUAUCCGAGCCUUGAUGACAAGGAUGCCACCAGGGAACUACUGAAAUACUCGUUCGAUGCUGUCGCAGACAAUGUGAAGUCACGGCCCGAAGUAGGCCCCAAGUACUCGGAAAUGCUCCGUCAUUUUGGCGAGAGUGCGUUCCAACUCCUGGAGGAGGUUGUUCAACGGGAUGAAGAGGGAUUCAAUGUGCUUAACCACGGGGAUUUCUGGAUAAACCACGUGAUGUUUAGGUACGACGGAAGUGGUGCCGUUUCUGACAUCAAAUUCGUGGACUUCCAAAACUGCUACUAUGGUUCGCCCGUCAUCGACCUUCAGUACUUCCUGUACUCGAGUCCUAGUCCCGAGGUGAGGAGUGACCACACGGACCGUCUUUUGGAGUGGUACCACUCUUCGCUGUCGGAGACACUCGCCAGACUGGGCUGCGGUGACCUGUGCCCGUCCUUCGAGGACAUACGCCUGGAGAUGGAUAAGAGAAGCUUCAUGGGCCUUAUCACGGCCGUCUGCGUGAUGCCCGUCGUGUUCAGCAGCGCGGACGGUACCUCCGAUGAUGUCGCACAAGUGCCUGAGGAACCCGAGGAUCACUCUGAGACGGAUUGUAGCAGCUGUCAUAUUCCGGAGAAAUACACAGACGAAAUCAUGAGGCUGUUGCCGACAUUUGAAAUUAAAUGUCCUGUUAGUAAAGCAAACGUCUAAGUCCAAACGCCAUUAAGAU